CUUGAAGUGUGGCGCAGAUUGUGUCAUUGUUCGCAAUGCGUCCAACUUGCCCUCGAUCAAUCUUUGGCGUCACGCAGUCACGAGUGCCAAUAGUUCCCGACCAACAGAGCUGCCGGUCAGCCGUCUCCUGAGCGGAUUCUGCCUUUCAUUCUGCCUCGUCAAGGCUCCUCAAAACGAACCAUCUAAGCAUCUUUUAGACGGUCCUCCACAGAUCUGCUGGCCAGUCCUCUGUUGAGCCUCGAAAAGAUGUUGUUCCCUCAGCUUUUCGUCGUUUUUCUUUGCGUCACAUGGGCCUUUGCAGGCAAUUCACCUACUCCGUCUCUUCAGCGUCGCGGUCUCUCGGGAAGCUCAGUCUCCGCAGCGCUCGAGGAAUUAGCUGGGACGAGACGAGUCGCGCAGGCUGCUGAGAGAUCGAGUCCCAGCACGGCACGACUCGGCUCUUCUGGUCAUCCAACGGGUCACGGCUCCGCGCCGACGAGUCCGCAAUUUGGUCACGAAUUCAACGAGCACGACCAGCAUUUGCUUUCUUCAUUCCUUCAUAGUCCUCAGCGGAGUGGCAGUCAUGUCGCCAGCCACACUCCGCCAUCAUCACCACUACAACAACUCACUGCAGAAGACCAGGAGUUUCUUCGCUCGGUCCUUCAUCCCGAAAGUCCCAGUUCGAGCCAACGCGGAACUAGUGGGAAAGGCGACCGCCAUGACACGAGCACCUCUGCCAAUUCUGCCCACAGUGAACCUUCCGUCUCGACGAGCCUGACCCCAGAAAGCUCGACGGCACUUCUUGAACAUCAUUGGUCUGAGGAGGAUGCAAAUCUCAUACAUUCUCUUUUACACGAUUCUCCACGAAGCCCGAGCCCGGCGCGCGCCAACGCUAAAACGCAGCCUGCAAGCGGGCGUGCUGAACCGUCGACCACGCGAAGCAUUUUGAGGGAGGUCCCCAAAGGAUUGCCCCGCGGCAAGCUCGACAAGUCUAACCCGUCAUAUUGGACGCUUCCGAAGGAUCGUACAGUUAGCAUAAGUACAGCUUACAACCGUCUGAAAGAAGGUCGUGCACUGCGCAUGUCCGAAGACGUGUUGCGACCAUGGCAAGAAUUGGUCAACGAGUCGCGAGUCCCUAAUCCCAAGCGCAGACGACCCGAAGAUAUGACGAACAUUCCACCCGGCCAAUAUAGCCGCUAUGCUUUGUCGACCUUGCUGGCAGAGAAGCCCAGGGUAUCAGAGGCCAAUCUGCCUGCGAUCGAACGAAUAAUUGCGCAAAAGGCAACGAAGGAGGGCUUCGAAGAGGUUCCACAGACUUUGAAAGAAUGGCAGGCGGCGAGGGAAAAGAUGGGGGUUCCCAAGAGGGCUCCACAAAGGAAGUAUGUGGAGGGGCCUCCUGCGCUUCACACUCUCCUUGCACGCAAAAAGCAAUUGCAAGCCGCGGGACAAGACGUUUCUGACAUUGAUGCGCAGAUUCUCGCUACGGCGAAGAAAUACGAUCCCGACGCAACCUUGCCUACAAGCGCGAACAAGUUUUUUGUAGGCUUGCGCAACAAACAGAUCUUCGGAAGGCCCUCCAAAGCUGCCAAGCUUCCUCCGCUCGUCAAACCCCAAGUGAUGAGGCAAAAACCAAGCGAGGAGGUCGAGCAGCUCGCAAGGCAGCCGAUGCAAACCCUCUACAAGCAAAGAGCCGCCGCCAAGCAACAGCAGCAGGAUACGAGUGUCAUCGAGGCUGCCUUGGUGCGCAAAGCAAAUUUGGAAGGACUGGCAGAAGCGCCCGCUGAUAUCGAAACUUACUACGCGUGGAAGAGGAAGGUGCGGCAGCAUAUCCGACCAGUCGACUACUCAAAGCGUUCAGUAUUGAAACUUUACACCGAUAGGGACGUGCUGAGGGCUACUGGCAGGGAUACGACAGCUGUAGAUGCGGCGAUCAAGAAGCUGACUGAGGGAAAGAGCAGUGGUAGCGGGGCUCCCAGUGUCGGCCCAAGUUCAGCACCGUGAGGCAGGAAAGCCUGCGCUUGCAUUCAGGAGCAACAGCAUGUGUUGGAACGUUGGACAAAUAGAAGGCUAGGGGGAUAAUAGGCCACUGAGAUGGAGUGCGAAAUUGUCGAGAUUGCACAUGCGACCCGCCGUCAAGUCUAAGGAUCAAGCAACUGAACUUGAGUCUCAAGCACACGAAGAUCAAGCAUCUGCCCUUCGUAGCCUCUUCCUUCUGCGGUUGGCCGGCAUCGCUCCUGAAGUGGAUAGACCAGUCCUUAUUUUAAAUGGUACUGUCUCGAAACUUGGUCUACUCGGCUGCAGGUCCCAAAGCAUCCACAAAGUCCAAUUAGCGUGGGCAGCACACAAGCACGCAUCAAGCACAGUCACCCGUGCGUCAAGCCAAGAGCAAGUGUAUUACGCC